ACCCUUUAACUACCUUUUAUUUUUUUCCUCUUCACAGACACACACACCAAACACACUCUCUCUCGUCUCUCUCACACUUACAUGUUUCCUUCUAUGGCUUCUUUAAUUCAGUUUCUUCUUCUUAUUCUGUACCUUACCCACAAAUCUCAAGCUCUGAGUUUUCACUUACCAAAUGCUCUAGUCCUUCCCAUCAUCAAAGAUGUUACAACCCUCCAAUAUGUGACCAGAAUUCAUCAUGGCACUCCUCUUGUUCCCAUCAAUCUUGUAGUCGAUCUCGGCGGUCCAUUUAUCUGGACUGAUUGUGCCUCAACACACGUGUCAUCGUCUAGCCGUCUGAUCCCCAAUCGCUCAAUCAAGUGCUCAAGAGCCAAAGCCCAUGGUUUUGAGAGUAGGUCUAGCCUUUCUAGUACUCAAACGUGUGAACUUUUCCCAGAAAACAGGGUCACAAGAAUGUCCACACGAGGAGAUCUUGUAGAAGACAUCGUAGCCGUUCAGUCCAAAGCUGCUGGCUCAAUCACCACCGUCAAUGACUUCCUCUUCUCUUGUGGACCGACAUUUUUAUUACAUGGUCUUGUUGGUGACACCAAAGGAAUGUUAGGCCUAGGAAGAACUCGUAUUUCACUUCCAUCACAGAUUUCCACAGCGCUCAACACUGCCCAGAAAUUCACAAUCUGCCUAUCAUCAUCAAAUGGCAUCAUAGCAUUCGGCGAAGGGCCUAAUGACUCAAUUUUUGGCACCGAAAUUUCAAGGUCGCUCAUGUACACACCCCUUGUUACUAACCCAGGUGAUGAAUAUUCAAUACAAGAUUACUUUAUUGGCAUCAAUUCCAUCAAAAUAAAUGGCAAGCUAUUAUCCUUGAAAGCAACAUUAGGAGCGAGCAAAUUGAGCACAAUUGUGCCUUACACCACCAUGGAGAGCACAAUAUAUGGUACGUUUAUUAGAGCUUAUGUUAAGGCUGCUAGUUCUAUGAAUAUGACUAGGGUGGCUUCGGUGGCACCUUUUGGCCUUUGCUUUAACUCAAAGGGCAUUGAUAGCACACAUGAGGGGCCAAAAGUGCCAAUUAUUGAAUUGGUGCUACAAAGUGAGACUGUGAUGUGGAGGAUAUUUGGUAGAAAUUCCAUGGUUCAGGUAACCAAGGAAGUUAUGUGCUUGGGAUUUUUGGAUGGAGGUUUGAACCCGAAGGCUUCGAUUGUAUUAGGGGGAUAUCAAUUGGAGGACAUGUUGCUACAAUUUGAAAUGGGUACUUCCAUGCUGGGAUUCAGUCAAUCGCUCUUGAAGAGGCAAACAACUUGUUCCAAAUUCAAAUUGGAUUCCUGGGCUGGCGAGUAGCUAGAAAGCCAUUGUAAAUUGUUUUCUUGUAUUCUUUUUCCUUGGUUUGGAGCAUAUGUUAGAGUUGUAAACAAAUCAAGUGUGGAUUAUACUCGGUUAAUACAUGGUUGUCUCAACAUAA